CCUGGCCAUUGACCGAGCAACCCAACGUUCCUACCAGCUCCCUCCGCAGGAAUGUGUUAGUUUACUCUCUACAUGUUCUGGGAAUGCAUCUAUUGCAGGUGACAGCUUUUCACUGGUGGAACUUUUCGAGAAAAGCUCAAAUCUCCGUAUGACUAGUGAGAGGCGUUUUCUGUUGGCAUAUACCAGUGAUGUGAGUUGUCGAGCGAUGCGUGCAGAAUAGUGACCCCCAAGGAGCAUGAAGCCAUCCAGUAACGUCACAAUUUUCAGACAGGGUCUUCAUCCACUUUGACCUAUCCCACUGAAUGCACUUGCGGAGUCACAGGCACUCAAAAGGCAUGGUUUGAGGGCGAUACAAGGAAAAUGUCUUGUCCAAGAUUUUGAGCAAACGGUGUGACUUGGGGUGUAGCGUUUCUUCUGUGCAACUCCCGUAUGUACUGUCGGCAUGUUGAACUUCUUUCGCGCAGUACGUAGUCAACUGCUAAUCAGGGGUGCGGGGGAAGGACAACAAACUAAACGUAAAAAGCUGAGCUUGUAUCAACCAGGCGGCUGUAUUUAAGAAAAAACCGGCACCACUUCAGAAGUCCACAUUCUGCCCGAAGGAAUGCCCACAAAUGUCAUAGAAAAGCUUGGCACCAUCAGAAAUGUUCUCGCUUUCAUGGAUGAACUAAGAAAACGUAACAGGCUACAUUUUCUUGAAAUACAAUAAAAAAAAUGGGUCAUGGAGUUGAAAACCUCUUAGUUAUUUUUAUAAUGCUGCAAUCAAGACAAUUUCCAUGUUAAAAUGUUGCAAAAUAUAUACACACUAAUUUUGGCUAUUUUGUAACAAAACACAGCAAACUUUCUUUCCAGCACAAUGAAGGUAAUCAUUCCCACUUGAAAAGUGCCCACUCAUCAUACAUGAUCAUACAUGUUUAAAUAAAAUAUAUACAAACACGCAGCGCUUUACACAACAUCGUUGUGCAAAUAUAUGGAUACCAAUCAAUAAAGACAAAUAAAUGGUUUACAGCCACAAAUAUAAAAGGGCCGCAAGGCACGGUGCCCGGACAAAUUUGCAAGUUCUCUGCUAAGCUCGUCGACAGGAGAACGGUUCGCAACAAAUAUGCGGAUCGCGUGCCUACUGCUGCUGCUCCUCGGCGCCCUAUGUCAGGGCCACGCAGCGCCCGCCGAUGGCGCGCAGGACGACGUCCAAGCACAGGAGGACUUUGACGCCUCGCGGUUCCUGGGCACGUGGUACGUGACCGCCUUGGCCAGCAACUGCAACUACGUGGCCAAAUACACCAAGCUCAGCACGAGCUUUAAGAUGGAGAUGGAGGCCAGCGAGGAGGAAAACAAGUUUACCGUCACGUCCACCAAGUCCAAAAAUGGCGCAUGCUACCAGCAUGUUUCCACCUACGAGCUGAUUGAAAAUGGGAAAUUCUUCACCAUUACAAAAUGGAGACACUCAAGGCACAUGACCCUGACGGUCUUACGCACCGACUACGAGACGUACGGAAUACUCUACUACGGAAAAGUUAAGGAGGGCAAAAUCAUACGGACCAUGCGCAUGCUGGCCAGGUCACCGGACGUCAGCGAGGACCUCAUGAACGAAUUCCGCAGUUUGAGCCUGGAGAUGGGACUCGCAGAAGAGAACGUCUUCUCACUGCCUUACACCGACGAGUGCAUCGCUGGAGAACAGGGUUUGAUUCCGGUGCCACGCACUCUGUAGGAGUAAACAACCUCCAAUAUCUACCCGCGUAGAACAAGCCGGAUCCUCAUUAAAAGACGUGUUCAUCGCACAUAUAGACGCAAAUUACAUCAAGCAUGUGAGAUAUGAUGACACACGGCAGAUUAUUAUUUCCCAUGGCAGUGCUUGCACUAUCGUUGUCAGUUGGCACGUGUUGGCUGUCGGUAUUUCCAGAUGGAAUACCUCCAUGAUCAUAUUCUGCCGACUUUAUUUUAGAACUGUAACGUAUCUCAAAAGGAGAGUGUGAAUGACUGCCACAUUGAAAUUACGAAAAUAAAGCUGAUUUGUGCACUGCA